CUUACAUGACUGGACCACUAGCAAUGGCUCUCAACAUGAGCUUGCAAUUCAAACGGAGCUUCACACGGAGACCCUUAAACUGGUAAGUUUCAUCAGUUCAUCAGUGUCGGCGACAACCGUUUCAUCACCGCACGUAUCAACCAGCAACGCUGCCACCCCGCUCAGCUCGAAAGAGCAGCUCACCGCCUCGCCUGCGGUGCAAGUGCAGAGAAGCUGCCGUCAGCUUGUAUGCUACAUGAAACGAUUUAAACCGUCACGCCGUCGCCAGAUUCGGCCUCUUCUGGUGUUCUGCCUCAUAACAGGACCUUAUGAUGCACACGUAAUUGCCAUUCGGACGCCUAAGAAGGAAAGGCUUAAGAACAAGAGAACAUUUAUGGCUAUGCCUAGAUCGUCAAGAAACAUGGCCAGCAGCAGUCCUUUCGAGCAUGUGAUUUCUGUGUUUGAAGGAUCGAAAAAAAAAACACGUCCAGGGAACCGGAGGCGGCAGAUCCCCGACCGAUCGUUGAGUGGCGAAGAUGUUAUGACCUUGAUGCAGGAACAGCGGGGGGGGUUAGAAACGAUGGGUGAGGAACUGCCGUUCACGUUGUAAAGCACAAUGGCGAAACCAAGAAAUCGGGAGCACUGGAUUGAAGGUUGGCAGAUCUUACACGACUACUAAGGGUUGUCGAUAGCAAAAGGAAAC